AAAAUUAAAAGACCUAAUUUUGAACAGAUCUUUUCAAUUGAAAGGGAACAGUGAAAUCAAGAGCUGAAAUUUUCUUACCGGCGGCGAAAAAUAUGCUUGGUGGAUUAUACGGAGACCUUCCUCCACCGUCCGACGAUGAGAAACCCAGCGGCAACUCCUCCUCCGUCUGGUCAAGCAGUAACAAAAUGGCUCCACCCACUCUUCGCAAACCACCGGCUUUUGCUCCGACUCAAACAAUCCUAAGACCUCUGAACAAACCCAAACCUAUCGCCUCGUCGCAGUACAAACCUCCUCCUUCUUCUUCUUCCUCGCAAUUGGUGAUUACUCCAGCGAACGAAUCAGCACCUUCGCAGCCAGCAUUGGUCGGUAUGACUUCAUCGGUGAUUGAAGAGUACGAUCCGGCGAGACCUAACGAUUACGAUGAGUAUGUAAGGGAGAAGAAGCGGAAAGUUAUGGAAGCUGAGAUGAAGCGAGAGCUGGAUAAGAGAAGGCAAGAGGAAGAGGAAAGAGAGAAGAGAGAAAGAGAAGAGAGGGAGAAGGAGAGGGAAAGAGAUAACAGUGAUCCGUCUCGAUUGAAUAUCUCAGGUGAGGAAGCGUGGAAGAGGCGCGCCGCUAUGAGUGGUGGAAGCGUUGGGAAGCGAAGAUCUUCGUCUCCUCCGGGGAAUGUUGACGGAUUUAGUAUAGGUAAAUCGGAGACGAGUGGGUUAGGAGUUGGAGCAGGUGGGCAGAUGACAGCUGCUCAGAGGAUGAUGGCGAAGAUGGGAUGGAAACAAGGACAAGGGCUUGGGAAAUCAGAGCAAGGUAUCACUACGCCAUUGAUGGCUAAGAAGACUGAUCGUAGGGCUGGUGUGAUUGUGAAUGCUAGUGAGAAUAAGUCUGCGGAGAAGAAGGUUAAGAGUGUUAAUAUCAAUGGUGAACCUACCAGGAUUCUGCUUCUUAGAAACAUGGUUGGACCAGGAGAAGUAGAUGAUGAGCUAGAAGAUGAGGUGGGAGGCGAGUGUGGCAAAUACGGUACAGUUACUCGUGUACUGAUAUUCGAGAUCACUGAAAAGGACUUCCCGGUACACGAAGCAGUCAGAAUCUUUGUUCAGUUUUCAAGACCCGAGGAAACAACUAAAGCCCUUGUGGAUCUCGAUGGGAGAUACUUUGGAGGAAGGACAGUGCGUGCAACGUUCUAUGACGAGGAGAAAUUCAGUAAGAACGAGUUGGCUCCAGUUCCAGGAGAGAUUCCAGGCUAUUAGAAAGUCCCAAGAAACAAACAGCAUCUUCUUCUAUAACAGAUUCUUGAUAGAGAAAGAAACCAGAGAUGAGGUUUUGAAAACAUUUGUAAAGUACUUAGAAACUUUUGGGAUCUAUCUGUUUUUAUUGUUGUUUAAAGUAGCUUCGUUCAUGAUCAAGAAAUGUUCCUCUUCUUCUAA